AUGCUGUGCUCCACAUUUCACCUCACCAAAACUGACCAAAUGCACCACGUCCGUCUCUCGUUCAACAAGACUCUUCGUCUUCGAGGUAUUCGUUUCAAUUCGACCGAGGUACAUCGAUUCGAGGCCAGAAAGAAUGAAAUUUCUGCGGAAUCUGCCCCGUUUUACCCCCCUUUGAGUUCCGUUAGAUCAGACGCAAAACUCACAAGAAUACCUCAAUUCGUACAGAAAUACCAUAAUUAUAAAUUUCUGGAUCUUCCUGGCCGUUGUUUACAAUCGAACUAUCAGCUAGAAGGCCGUGUUCUAUCGGUGAGAAAAGCCGGAAAGGCUCUUUACUUUGUGGAUUUGGUCCAGGAUGGAGAAAGAGUCCAGAUUUACGCUUCCAAUAAACAAAUGGGCUUGCUGCCACUGGAGUUUGAUAGGUUACAUGCUUUAAUUAGAGCGCAUGAUUAUAUUUCGUGCGUGGGCCGGCCAUUUCAAACCAAGGUGGGUGAACUUAGUCUACAACUACUGACGCCAAUCAAGAUUGUGAGCCCGUGCUUGAAAUCCACCACUUUACCCGAUAAAGUGAGCGAUCGUAAACUCAUUAACUCGGACCGUGUCAUGAACUACCUCGUCAAUCCUGCUCUGAGAGAAAGACUCAUGGUAAAGUCUAUUGUAACACAGGCCAUUAGAAACCACCUCAUAGCGGACAAAUUUUUGGAAGUACAGACCCCUUUACUCUCAGGCGCAGGUACCGGUGCUAACGCCGAGCCUUUCUAUUCGGCUCUGAAGGCUGUUUCUGGUCAAAAGUUACAGCUUCGAGUAGCUCCUGAGCUAUGGCUUAAGAGACUUGUCAUUGCCGGGUUCGAGAAGGUGUUCGAGAUUGGCCCCAAUUUCCGCAAUGAGGGUGUGGAUUCGACCCACAACCCAGAAUUCACCACUUGUGAGUUUUACCGCUCAUUCACUACUUUGCCAGAGUUGAUGCAAAUGACAGAGAGCUUGUUUGGUGCUAUUUUCACUCAGUUGGAGCAACAAUCGCCAUUGUUGGAGGUCACAAGAGAACCACUUAAGUUAUAUGCAUCUCUUGGUAAGGGAGAGUUUCCAAAAUAUGAGUUUAUUCCAACGAUUGAAGAGAAGACCAAAGUAGAAAUGCCCGCUGUGCUCAGCUCCCAAAAUCUCAUCGAAUACUUCAAGGUCAUCGGGUUAUCAGUACCGGAGCAAAAGCAACCGUCUGCCCUAUUGAACAAAUUGUCUGAGGUCUACCUAGAGAGCAUGAGCCAUGUUCACAAAAACACCCCAGUGUUUGUAUACAACCAGCCUGCAGAAAUGUCUCCACUAGCGAAAUCUAGCAAAAUUACUUACAAAGACCGUGAGUACGAGAUCCUGCAGCGUUUCGAGUUAUUUAUCAACGGAAUGGAGUACGUGAACGCAUAUGAAGAGGAAAACUCACCAUAUGCACAAGAAGAUAAAUUUAAACAACAACAAGGCUACAAAGCAGACUUCAAUGACAAUGAGUCUUUGAUUCCUGACUGGAACUACGUGAAGACAAUGGAGUAUGGCUUGCCUCCCACCGGCGGGUGGGGUUGUGGCAUUGAUAGACUCAGCAUGCUUUUUAGCGGAAGCGACCGGAUAGAGGAUGUUUUAAGUUUUGGAACUUUGCGAGAUGUGGUAAAGCAGUAG